AUGGACCAUAAAUACAAUAACUAUAACAAAAAUAAGUACAUUAAAAAAGAGAAAAAACCAAAUCCACCAUCAACCAAUCUUUAUAUCAAGGGUUUUGAUUCACAUUUUUCUGAUGAUGAAUUUUUAAAAUUCUUUUCCCAAUUUGGUACAAUUAAAAGUCAUCAAGUAAAUGAAAACCAGAAAGGUCUUUUUGCUUUUUGUGAAUAUGCUAACCAAAAUCAAGCCGAUAAUGCUAAGCUCUCACUACAAAAAAUUCAUUGGAGAACAAAAAAACUCUACUGUGAUUAUGCAUCAUCCUAUAAAAAUCCAAAUAAACCAUCAAAUAUAUACCCAGAAGAACUUCAUGAUAAUUAUGUUGAUAAUUGCAAUAUUAACAACAAUAUUAUUAACAAUAGUAAUAAUAACAAUAAUAAUGAUAUUCCUUUAGAUUUAUCCUCAUCGUCAAUAUAUUUUAAUGAUUAUAAUAGUAACAACAAUAUCAAUAAUAAUUAUAAUAAUAAUAUUAAUAAUAUUAAUAAUAUUAAUAAUAAUAAUAAUAAUAAUAAUAAUAAUAAUAUUAAUAUUAAUAAUAAUAAUAAUAUUAAUAUUAAUAAUAAUAAUAAUAUUAAUAAUAACAAUAAUAAUAAUAAUAAUAAUAAUAGUUAUAAUUAUAAUAGCCAACAAAUCAAUGCUUCAUCAUCUUUCCCAAAAUCUAGGCUUUUUGUUGGCGGUUUUGGCGAAAAUAAUAAAGCAGAAGUUAUUAGAUUAUUUUCAGAAAUUGCUCCAAUUGUAAAAUAUCAUUUUGAUGAGAAAAAAAAUUUUGCUUUUGUGGAAUAUGGUGGCCCAGAGGAGGCUGAAAGAGCUUUGGCAAGAUUUAAAGAUUAUAAUAUGGGGGAAGGUAGAUCUUUAAGAUUAAACUAUGCUCUACCGCCAGGUCAAAGUAAUAAUGGUGGUUUAAAUACUAGUACAGGUGGUAUUUCCACUUUUCCCUUGAACCAUAGUAAUGGUAAUAUUGUUACUACCAACAGCAACAGCAACAAUAACAAUAACCACAACAACAAUAGUAAUAGCAGCAAUAAUAAUAGCAGCAAUAAUAAUAGCAGCAAUAAUAAUAGCAGCAAUAAUAAUAGCAGCAAUAAUAAUAGCAGCAAUAAUAAUGGCAGCAAUAAUAAUAGCAGCAAUAAUAAUAGCAGCAAUAAUAAUAGCAGCAAUAAUAAUGGCAACAAUAAUAAUAGCAGUAAUCGUAGAAGAUCAGCUUCACCCAAUGGAAUAUCAUUAAAAAGACAAAGGUAUGAAAGUGGAAAUAUAACUGAUAGAAGUAGAUCAAGAAGCAAAUCUCCAAUGAAGAAAUAUAAUUAUAACAAUGGUUAUAAUAACUAUAACAGUGGAAAUGGGUUCAACAAUAAUAGUAAUAACAAUAAUAACAAUGGAAAUAAUGGUUAUAAUAAUAAUAAUAACAAUAAUAAUAAUGGUAACAAUUACAAUAAUUAUAAUAACAGAAAUUAUAUGAGAUCAUCAACUGGUGGUAGUGGUUAUCAAAGCGAUCAAAGUAGAGAAAGAAGUAAGAGUCCUUAUCGUAGUAGAUCAAGAUCUAGAAGUAACUCAAGAUCAAAUAGUUUUAAUAAUAACAACAACAACAAUAACAACAAUAGAUUUAAUAACCAAAACAACAGUAAUUAUAGAAGACACAGUUAUGGCAACAAUAAUAACAAUAACAACAACAAUAGUAAUAAUAAUAUUAACAACUAUAAUAAUAGUAAUAAUAAUUAUAACAAUAAAUCAUACCAUAGUAACAAUAAGAGAUAUAGUUAUGGAAAUAAUAAAUAUGUCAAUAAUAACAUUCAACAAAGAGGUAGAGAAAGAGAUAGAUCAAGAAGUAGAUCAAGAUCAAAUUCAAGAAAUAGAUUUUAUCAUAAAAAUAGAGAUCAUUUAAAUAAAUCUGAUAGCUACAACGAAAAUCAUGACUAUAAACAAAAGAGAUCUUCUGUUGAUUCAAAUAGUGCCCAUAACAACAAUAACAACAAUAGUAAUAAUAUUAACAAUGAAGAUAUUAACAAUUCAAUCGAAGAUUAUGAUAACAGUAUCAACACAAGUAAAAAUGAAGAUAUCGACAAUGAAUAUAACAACAUAAAUAAUAGUCAAAAUGAAGCUAUUAUUUGUCAAUCUAGUGACAAUGGUGAUAAUCUAAAAAUAUAUGAUGGAUUUGAAGAUAAACAAGAGGUAUACUACUCAAACAAUAUUGAUGAAGAAGAAAUGGAUAGCAAGAAUAAUAGUGACGAAGAAGAGGCUAGCUAUGUGUUGGAUAAAGAUCACCCCAAUCACAGUGAAAAUGAACAUUCUCAAGAUGAAUUUGGUGAAUCUUUAAAGAGAAAUGAAUCAGAUAGCGAAGUCAUUAAAAAGAAUACUGAUGAGCCAGGAAAAGGGGAUUAUCAAAAGGACGUGGAUUUUGAAGACAAAAAAGAAAUUGAAAAUAACAAUAGUGAAAAAGAGUUUAAAAACAGUGAAUCUGGUGAAAUCUCUAUCAAAAAAGAGGAACAAAUCAAAAAUGAAAUUGAAUUAAGACCACAUGUUAAAGAAGAAAAAGUUAAAGAAGAAAAAGUUAAAGAAUCACAAGACCCACAUAUUGGUAGUAAUGAAUUUAUCGUUUGCAGUUCAAAUACAACACCAACCAUUACCGAAUCUGACCCAAUGUUCAAUAGUGAUUCGUCAUCUAAUGCAACAAAUCCACUCCCAUCAAGCCCCUUACCACCAUCACCAAAAGCUGCCACUGCUUCAUCAAAUACAACCACAACCGGCAGUCCAAAUAUCAAAAGCGAUGACAUCAAUAUCAAUAACAACCAUAAUAACAACGAUAACAAUAAUACACAACAUUCACCAGAAUAUUACAAAAUUAUGGAAGCCCUCAAAAAAUUAUUUUAUACACUUAUGGCAGAAAUUCAAAAGAAGAAUUAUUCGCAAAAUAAAAAUUCAGAAAAUGAAAAGAAAGAAUUUGAUUCAUUAAGAGGAGAUCUUCAUAAUUUUAGAAAAGAAUCAAUUGGUAAACAAGAUUAUCUUUGGAAGAAGUCUGAUGGUGAAUCGGAAAGAAGAUUCACUGAUUUGCACAAAAAACUUAAUGAGGAUUUCAAUAAAAAGAUACAAUUAUUUGAAAAAGUGGUAAUGGAUGGAUUCAACAAAAUUAUGGAUGACACAAGUGUGUUUAAAGGUGAACUUCAAAAUUUAAAAACAGAGAUAAGGAUGAUCGAUGUUUCAAAACAAGACUUUUUAAAUAUGGGAUACAAAGUUGAUCAGUUAACAGGAGAAUUAAAAAAUUUAAGAAGUACAACUGCUCAAACAUCACAAUUGUCAAAUAACAACCAAUCGCAAACUAAUGAAAAAAUUACAAAAAUAGUCGAUAUAGUUUCAAAAUUUGACGAAACAUUAAAUAGCUUCACCUCUGCUCAACAACAACUAAAUGAGGAAUUCCAAAACAAACAAUUACAACUACAGCAACAAAUCAACCAAAUUCAACAACAACUACAGCAACAAAGCUCUCAACCAUCUUCUCAACAAUCCCAAAAUGGCCCAGCGUUUGGUUCAUUUAUGAAAAAACUUUAUCCUAUUGAUGCCUUAUCAAAUAAAAUUUUUAGUGUUGAAACCAAAUUGGAUGGUUUAGAGUCUUUUAUGACUGAUUUUAAAAAAUGAUAUAAUUAAUCAAAUUCGAACUGUUAUAAAUAGUAAUACCAAUCAUAGUAAUAACAAUAGUACAAAUAUAAAUACAAAUUCAAAUACAAACAAUAUUAAUAAUAGCAGCAAUAGUAACAGUAGCAUUUUAAGUGAUAAAGACAAUAGUGACGAAGAUGUUCCUCCUCCAAUUUAUAAACGUCCUGGUAGAACAGCCCGUAAACAAAAAAAUAAAGAUUAAAAAUGGUAGAAAAUUUAAUAUUUCAAGAUUAGUAAUCUUUAAAUUUUAGAUUUUUUUUUUUAAAC